AUGAGGGAGGAGGUCCCGUGGACUGCAUGUAUAAAAGCAAACAGCUGCAGUACAACGGGAUUCAACCGUCCUUUUCAGAAAGCCCUUUCUGAAAUGGGUUCAGAGUGGGAUGCAAACCGACGCGUUAUUGCACUAAAGCCUGGAGGUCUUGGAGCGAGAAGCGCAAUUCCGCCAAACUUUGCCUACUUUUCUGUGGAGUUCGGCUCUUCUGGUGGCGGGUUGGCCCGCGUUAUUGAGGAUACUCGCUCUUUUCCAGAAUAUUUCGGUCGCGUA